AUGCCCGCCAAGAGGUCCCAGCGCAUCAUCGACCGCGAGGACGACUACCGCCGCCGCCGCCUCGACCGCAUCAUCUCGCCCGAGCGCCACGACGCCUUCGCGUCCGGGGAGGCCACCCCGGACCCCUCCGUCCGAACCUACGCCGAUGCCAUGCGCGAGAGCAAGGUGCAGCAGGAGAAGGAGCACGUGCUGCGGGAAAUCGCCAAGAAGAAGAAGGAGGAGGAGGAGAAGGCCAAGGAGAAGAAGGCUGCGCCUCAGCCGCAGCCAGCCGCGACCAAACGGCGCAAUAGGUGGGAUCAGUCGCAGGACGGCGAUGCUGCUGCUGGGGCCAAGAAGUCCAAGACCUCAGACUGGGAUGCCCCUGAUGCAACUCCUGGGAUUGGGCGCUGGGACGCCACUCCUGGCCGUGUUGGAGAUGCAACGCCCUCUGUGAGGAGGAAUAGGUGGGAUGAGACUCCAACUCCAGGGAGGAUGGCUGACGCAGAUGCAACUCCUGCAGCCGGUGGCAUUACUCCAGGAGCCACCCCUUCUGGGGCAUGGGAUGCUACUCCUAAGCUGCCUGGUGGGCUUGUCACACCAACACCCAAGAAGCAGAGAUCUAGGUGGGAUGAGACACCAGCAAGUAUGGGGAGUGCAACACCUGGUGGUACAGCAGCGACACCUGCUGGGUUCAACACUCCUGGGCAAACACCAUUCGGAGCAGAGAACCUUGCCACGCCAACACCUGGUCACCUUGCUGCUCGUGGCCCGAUGACUCCGGAGCAGUACCAGCUCUUGCGGUGGGAGCGGGACAUUGAGGAGCGGAACAGGCCUCUCACUGAUGAGGAGCUUGACUCCAUGUUCCCGCAGGAGGGAUACAAGAUUCUUGAGCCUCCAGCUUCAUACCAGCCCAUACGUACCCCAGCAAGGAAGCUGCUUGCUACGCCAACACCUCUGGGCACACCAAUGUAUGCUAUUCCAGAGGAGAACCGUGGACAGCAUUUUGAUGUGCCCAAGGACUUGGGUCCUGGUUUGCCCCUCAUGAAGCCAGAGGACUACCAGUACUUUGGGACGUUGCUGAAUGAGGACGAGGAGGAGCAGCUAACGCCAGAGGAGCAGAAGGAGAGAAAAAUCAUGAAGCUCCUGCUCAAGGUAAAGAACGGCACACCCCCACAGCGGAAGACAGCACUCCGGCAGCUCACGGACAAAGCACGCGAGUUUGGUGCUGGCCCAUUGUUCAACAAAAUCCUGCCAUUGCUCAUGCAGCCAACACUUGAGGACCAGGAGCGGCAUCUCCUGGUGAAGGUCAUUGAUAGGGUGCUGUAUAAGCUGGAUGAGCUGGUCCGUCCAUUUGUGCACAAGAUUCUUGUUGUUAUCGAGCCACUUUUGAUUGAUGAGGAUUACUAUGCUCGUGUUGAGGGCAGGGAGAUUAUCUCAAAUCUUAGCAAAGCUGCCGGUCUUGCUACUAUGAUUGCUGCCAUGAGACCGGAUAUUGAUAACAUUGACGAGUAUGUGAGGAAUACGACUGCUAGGGCAUUCAGUGUGGUGGCUUCUGCUUUGGGUAUCCCGGCCCUCCUCCCAUUUUUGAAGGCUGUUUGUCAGAGUAAGAAGUCCUGGCAAGCUCGGCACACUGGUAUCAAGAUUGUUCAGCAGAUUGCUAUUCUCAUGGGCUGCGCUGUUCUGCCUCACCUUAAGAACCUAGUUGAGAUCAUUGAGCAUGGUCUAAGCGACGAGAACCAGAAAGUGCGGACGAUCACUGCCCUAUCUCUUGCUGCACUUGCUGAAGCUGCCGCACCCUACGGUAUUGAAAGUUUUGAUAGUGUGUUGAAACCUCUCUGGAAGGGUAUCAGAUCUCACCGUGGAAAGGUCCUUGCUGCCUUCUUGAAGGCUAUUGGUUUCAUCAUCCCUCUUAUGGAUGCUCUGUAUGCCAGUUACUACACGAAGGAGGUGAUGCAAGUCCUGAUUAGAGAGUUCCAGUCACCAGAUGAAGAGAUGAAGAAGAUUGUCCUGAAGGUUGUUAAGCAGUGUGUCAGUACAGAGGGUGUGGAGGCUGAUUAUAUCCGGAGUGACAUCCUUCCAGACUUCUUCAAACACUUCUGGGUUAGGAGAAUGGCCCUAGAUCGUAGGAACUAUAAGCAACUUGUGGAAACAACAGUAGAGAUGGCAAACAAGGUGGGAGUUACUGGUAUCGUUGGGAAGAUUGUUGAGGAUCUGAAAGAUGAAAGUGAGCCUUAUAGGAGAAUGGUGAUGGAAACAAUUGAGAAGGUGGUGGCCAACUUGGGUGCCUCGGAUAUUGAUCCUCGUCUGGAGGAGCUGCUUAUUGAUGGCAUCCUGUAUGCUUUCCAAGAGCAGACAAGUGAUGAUGCAAAUGUCAUGCUUAAUGGUUUUGGAGCUGUUGUGAAUGCGCUCGGGCAGAGGGUCAAGCCUUACCUUCCUCAGAUAUGUGGUACCAUUAAGUGGCGGUUGAACAACAAGAGUGCGAAAGUUAGGCAGCAAGCUGCUGAUCUGAUCUCAAGGAUAGCUAUUGUUAUGAAGCAGUGCCAGGAGGAGCAGCUUAUGGGUCACCUGGGUGUUGUGCUGUAUGAGUACCUGGGAGAGGAGUAUCCUGAGGUGCUGGGUUCAAUUCUCGGAGCAUUGAAGGCUAUCGUGAAUGUUAUUGGUAUGACUAAGAUGACGCCUCCGAUCAAGGAUCUCCUUCCUCGUCUGACUCCCAUCUUGAAGAAUAGGCAUGAGAAGGUCCAAGAGAACUGCAUUGAUCUAGUUGGUAGGAUUGCUGAUCGUGGAGCAGAAUUUGUUCCAGCUAGGGAGUGGAUGAGGAUUUGUUUUGAGUUGCUAGAAAUGUUGAAGGCUCACAAGAAGGGUAUCAGAAGAGCCACUGUGAACACAUUUGGUUAUAUUGCCAAGGCAAUUGGGCCACAGGAUGUGUUGGCCACUCUGUUGAAUAACUUGAAGGUGCAGGAGCGACAGAACCGUGUCUGCACCACUGUAGCAAUUGCUAUUGUUGCUGAAACUUGCUCGCCUUUCACAGUUUUGCCCGCCCUCAUGAAUGAGUACCGAGUUCCGGAGCUAAAUGUUCAGAAUGGUGUAUUGAAGUCUCUCUCUUUCCUCUUUGAGUAUAUUGGCGAGAUGGGCAAAGAUUACAUAUAUGCUGUCACUCCCUUGCUCGAAGAUGCCCUAAUGGACAGGGAUCUGGUUCACAGGCAGACUGCUGCAUCUGCUGUUAAGCAUAUGGCUCUGGGAGUUGCUGGCUUGGGUUGUGAGGAUGCUCUUGUCCAUUUGCUUAACUAUAUCUGGCCCAACAUAUUCGAGACAUCUCCCCAUGUUAUAAAUGCCGUCAUGGAGGCUAUUGAGGGGAUGCGAGUUGCUCUAGGUGCAGCUGUGGUUCUGAAUUAUUGCCUCCAAGGCCUUUUCCAUCCAGCAAGGAAAAUUUACAUAUCCUGCUUUGUGAAGACUUCACAUUUUGAGGAGUAUCUUAUGUCCAGGGUAUUUCUUUCCAAGUGUUACGCCGAAGAGUCUUCUUAUCUGGAUCUGCGGCCAGGCGACCUUUCGAGGAUCUUACCGACAGAUCCUAAUGGAGCACAAGAAUUUGCAUACCUCGAAAUGCAGUAUUGGGCAGUAUCCAUCAGCUGUGUCAGUGUGCUGGCUUUCUUCCUUUGGCAUCUACGUCAGUCUGCCAACAAUGAGAUUUCUAAAACUUUGAAAUAUGGUUCAUUGAUGGUAGUUUUAUAUCUAGUGACAUUCUUGCUGUUCUUCCUAGUGAAGACUGAUGGAGGUCUGUUAGCGAUGACCAAAAAUGGGUAUCUGCUCUGCCAUGGAGUGGCUGCUGUGAUCUUGAUCAAGCACAUUCUAGAGAAGUUCCCUUCAUGUUCAUCUUUUGGGGAGGGACUUCUGGUGUCAAGUGGUCUCGUUGUUUACUUCGGUGAUAUUCUGGCUCGUACUCUUUCAAAGAUGGAGUUCUCUGCAUCACCAGGGGCAUUCAUACACACACCUGGAACUCAAAGCGAGAUAGCCACCGUUAUUCAGGGUUUUUUGCUUGGUCUCUUUCUACUUCCCUUGCUGUACAAAAGUUCUCUUCAAGUUUGGGUUUACUGUCGAACAUUGGGCAAGCAACGAACACAAGCAAUUGAGAAACGAGUAGAAAAAAGAGCAGGCUCUGCUGUAUUUUAUGUCUCGUUGUUGUUGGUGUUACUGUUCUUAGUGCCGUCAUGGACGCGGCUUGUUCAAGGUCUUGAAGUCCAUCCGUUUGUUUGGGUUCUUAACUACAUGUUCACCAAUUCAGAUGAACGGCUUCUUUUAUGCGCAUACUGGAUAUUUGUCAUAUGUGUAUCAAUUAGAAGGUUCUACAGUAUAUCAAAGCAAAGCAAAACAGAGAGAAUUCUUUUGCGCAAGUAUUAUCAUCUUGUUGCUGUCCUGAUUUUCUCUCCUGCCGUUAUAUUUCAGCCUGCUUUCUUGGACUUGGCAUUUGGUGCCGCAUUUGCUCUUUUCUUAAUACUGGAGAUGAUUCGUGUUUGGGAAGUAUACCCUCUUGGGCAUACCAUACAUCAAUUCAUGAACGCUUUCACUGACCAUCGCGAUUCUGAGAUUCUAAUUAUUAGUCAUUUCUCACUCUUACUGGGCUGCGCACUUCCUAAGUGGAUGUCAUCUGGAUUCAAUGAUCGACCCCUAGCCCCUUUUGCUGGAAUUCUCAGCUUAGGGAUAGGUGAUACAAUGGCAUCAAUGAUAGGGUACAAGUACGGUGUCCUAAGAUGGAGCAAGACAGGAAAGAAAACAAUUGAAGGCACGGCAGCAGGCAUAACUUCUGUACUGGCAGCCUGCUCAAUCUUGGUGACACUCUUAGCUUCAAGCGGAUACAUUCUUUCACAGCUUAUCUUGGAGUGGUUCCGUUCCAUCAACUCUUUUGAUCUUCUGUUGGGCGCAUCAAAAUACGAGUUGUAUGAAGUAAUGAUGAGUGUGGAUAUUAUGGUCAUGCUGUUGUGA